UAAAAAAAACAGGUCAACAAUCUGCACGCGCAAACUAGCGUCUUUCCCUUUACAUUAUCCGAAAGUUAAUUUUUAAUGCAACAUUUAGUCGUUAUGAGGUGUCAAUCAGGUGUGCAAAUGUCCUGAAGCGUUGCAUGUUGAAAAUUGCACGCAGACAGCAUGUUUAGUGGCCCUACCGCUAUGUCAACAACAUACAUCACCCGCUGUCAGCACCAGGGCUGGAUGAGGGUCACCGACAUGAAACGUUCAUCAAUUCACUGGAUAUCUUGUGGAAAGCCACUUUCAGAACCAAUCGGGUGGCAGGUCAAAUUUUGCUUGGUUGCAGAAUGUCAACUUGUUCUCCUGGACAAGAGAGAGUUCAGUCCAAUGCUGUUCCGAGAGCGCCGUGCUGAAUCAUGCACUGUGUGGCUCCUGCGACGCAGCACCAGCAUUCCUGAGGGAGUUCAGCUCCGUAAAAACCAGAGCACCCAAACCAGAAAUGCCAAGUCUCUCACUGACAGGGUGGGCCGGCGGCGCAGUAUGCCUGGCAGUACAGUGGACAAAACGGUGGUCGCUAUGGAUGCAGACACGUCAACACCUUUUAAAGUCACGGGCUUCCUGAGCCGCAGACUGAAGGGUUCCAUCAAACGCACCAAAAGCCAGCCGAAGCUCGACCGCCACAGCAGCUUCAGGAACAUCUUACCGGGCUUCAAGAGCGCGGAGAAUGACAGUAGAUCCCAUCUGAUGCCGAGGCUGAAGGAAUCGCGGUCUCACGAGUCGUUGCUCAGCCCCAGCAGUGCAGUAGAAGCUCUAGAUCUCAGUAUGGAGGAGGAAGUGCUCAUCAAACCUGUGCACAGCAGCAUCCUGGGACAGGAUUUCUGCUUUGAGGUAACUACUUCAACAGGAAGCAAAUGCUUCUCAUGUCGGUCGGCAGCCGAGAGAGACAAAUGGAUGGAGAAUUUGAGACGUGCUGUGCAUCCCAACAAGGACAACACCCGUCGGGUGGAAAACAUGCUGAAAUGUUGGAUUAUCGAAGCCAAGGACUUGCCGGCAAAGAAAAAAUACUUCUGUGAACUUUGUCUGGAUGACACGUUAUAUGCACGGACUACCUGCAAACUCAAAACGGACAAUGUUUUCUGGGGCGAACACUUUGAGUUCAACAACCUGCCCUCGGUUAAGAGCAUCACCGUGCAUCUUUACAAAGAAACAGACAAAAAGAAGAAGAAGGACAAAAAUAACUACGUGGGCCUGGUCAGUAUCCCUAUAGCGGCAGUCACCGGGCGGCAGUUUGUGGAAAAAUGGUAUUCCGUGAGCACGCCGAAUCCCAAUAAAGGAAAGACUCCAGGACCCAUGGUCCGAAUGAAAUCCCGAUAUCAGAGCAUGAGCAUCCUCCCCAUGGAGCUGUACAAGGAGUUUGCAGAGUAUAUUACUAACAAUUACAUGCUGAUGUGCUCGUUGCUGGAGCCAGCACUAAGUGUGAAGAACAAGGAGGAGAUGGCUUGUGCGCUUGUCCAUAUCUUACAAAGCACAGGCAAGGCCAAGGACUUUCUGACAGAUCUGAUGAUGUCUGAGGUGGAUCGGUGCGGAGACAAUGAGCAUCUCAUAUUCCGUGAGAACACACUUGCUACUAAAGCUAUAGAGAAGUACCUGAAACUAGUGGGACAGAAGUACCUUCAGGAUGCUUUAGGUGAGUUCAUCAAAGCCCUGUAUGAGUCAGACGAGAACUGCGAGGUGGAUCCGUCUAAGUGCUCCUCCAGUGACCUGCAUGAGCACCAGAGCAACCUCAAGAUGUGCUGCGAGCUGGCUUUCUGCAAGAUCAUCAAUUCUUACUGCGUGUUUCCUCGGGAGCUCAAGGAAGUGUUUGCAUCCUGGAGGCAGGAGUGCAGUAACCGAGGACGACCGGACAUCAGCGAACGCCUGAUCAGCGCAUCUCUUUUCCUGCGCUUCCUGUGUCCUGCCAUUAUGUCACCCUCACUCUUCAGCCUCAUGCAGGAAUAUCCAGACGACCGCACCGCCAGGACACUUACACUUAUCGCCAAAGUGACACAAAACCUUGCCAACUUCACCAAGUUUGGCAGUAAGGAGGAGUACAUGUCCUUCAUGAACCAGUUUUUGGAGCAUGAAUGGACCAACAUGCAGCGCUUCCUGCUGGAGAUCUCCAACCCAGAGACCAUCUCAAACACAGCAGGCUUCGAGGGUUAUGUUGACCUGGGCCGUGAACUCUCAACUCUCCAUUCUCUCCUGUCAGAAGCCGUCUCACAACUCGAUCAGAGUACUAUCACUAAACUGGGUCCUUUAGCACGGAUCCUGCGGGACGUGAAUUCGGCCCUGACGAACCCCACCGGAGCCCCCGUGUCAUCUCCCACCGAGCGUGUGGGCUCCCCCACUCUUCCCAGCAGCAGCCUGUCUACUGGUCUGCAGAAAAUGGUCAUGGACAGUGAGAUCACAGGGUUGGUGGAUUUCACUCGGCUGCCCUCACCAACCCCUGAAAACAAGGAUCUGUUUUUCGUAACAAAGAAUUCUGUGAUCCAGCCGUCGCCUGCCCGCAGCUCCAGUUACUCGGAGGCCAACGAGCCAGAUGUUCAGAUCCCCAACGGCAGCAAGAGCUUGUCAAUGGUGGACCUGCAGGACAGUCGUUCUCUCGAGAGCGCUCCCAACACCUCCUUCAGCGACCCCAUCAAUGACAGCCAGACCUCUGUGGGCCAGGGCACAGGAGUGUGGACCACCCGGACCGCUAAGGGCAACACGCCCAGCGGUCCGACCCUGAGGAGGGCAGGUCAGACCCCCACCACACCGAGCACAGAAACUGCCCCGGGGAGGUCCCAGCUGCUCGCCCCGCUCUCGUUCCAGAACCCUGUGUACCAGAUGGCUGCUGGAUUGCCCCGUGCGGUGGCCGAUUCGGGAUCUGAAUGCCAGAGCUCCAUCAGCUCCCAGAGUAACGCAGAGGAAGCAGCUACUGUGGGGUCAAAGCACCCAUUCCUGAGCCAGUCCAGCACGGGGGCCAGCGGCGGAGGAGGCAGCAGCGGGGACGAGUUCAUUCGGUGUUCUGGAGAGUUCACCCGCAGACAGCUGUCCCUCACGGAGCCCCAACACCAAGCCAACGUACCACGCCAGAACAGCGCGGGGCCGCAGCGCCGGAUAGACCAGCCUCCUCCAGCCAUCACAAGGGGCCGCACUCCACCCAACAUGCUCAACACCGCACCAUACCCCCGCCCCUCCAGUGGAAGUAUGAUGUCAUCAUCUCCUGAUUGGCCAAGCAGCAGCACCAGACUGAGGCAGCAGUCGUCGUCCUCCAAAGGGGACAGUCCAGAAUCCAAGCAGCGCACCCUACACAAACAAGCUCCAUCUCCCGUGAAUCCCAAUGCAUUGGACCGCACUGCUGCGUGGCUGCUGAAUAUGAAUGUGCAAUAUUUGGAGCAGGAGGGAAUUGACCCAGAUUCGAAACACCGGGAGGACUUUCCAAACAAGGAGGAUCUCACACCAACUGAAAAGUAUCAGCAGGAGAUUGCUGUCCUGCAGGAGAAGCUGCGUAUUUCUGCUAAGAAGCUAGAAGAGUAUGAAUCUCACAUGAAGAGCCAGGAUGACCAAACCCAGAAGAUGCUCCUGGAGUACCAGGCCCGGCUUGAGGACACGGAGGAGCGAUUACGCAAGCAGCAGGAUGAGAAAGAGCACCAGAUGAAGAGCAUCAUCACCAGGUUGAUGUCAGUUGAAGAGGAGCUGAAGAAAGAUCACACAGACAUGCAGGCAAUUGUAGACUCCAAACAGAAAAUCAUCGAAGCCCAGGAGAAGAGAAUCGCAUCCCUGGACGCCGCAAACGCCCGGCUAAUGAGCGCCCUGUCUCAGCUGAAGGAUCGUUACAGCAUGCAAACGAGGAACGGCAUCUCUCCCACCAACCCUACAAAGCUGCAGAUCACAGAAAACGGUGAAUUUCGGAACAGCAGCAACUGCUAGCGUGGACGCAAACAUACAACACAGGCCUAAGGGUCUAGUGAUGGACAAGGGCUAUGGGUAACUGUCUUACAAUACGGCGAGGUUCAAUUGACUUCACAGAGUCCCUGGGACUGGGUCGAAAAUAACUAUUGGAAACGAAUUGGAUAGAGUUGCAAAAUGUUGUUUUUUGAUUCAGAAUAUAAAGGCUAAUAAUGUGUCUUUGUGAAUCUUUUUAGAUUAUUAGCCACACACAGACGUCCCAUGAUGCUUCAUUCAUAGCCCUUGUCACCGAUGUAAGCCGUGAGCAGAUUCUGUAUCAUCUCUAGAUUUGAACUGUGCAUAUGCAGCUUUUGAUUGGACUUGGCAUGAUAAUAAUGUAAUUAUUUGUUGAAACACUAUUUUCCAUUUCACGUAAACAUCCCUUUCUUAUCAUUUUUCUUGCUUGUGUCACUCCAGGGCAGCAGUAGCACAAACCGCUCGCUUUUUUUGUAAGGUUAAAGAGAGGACUUUUAAGCAUCGCAUUUUGUUGCAUAC